AAGUUAACCAGCUAAUUGUUCUUAUAUAAAACAUUUCUAGGUGUUUUAAUUUUCUUCGCUCUACUAAGCAUGGUGAUGUAGUUUCAAUUCUCAAGUACUAUAUUUAAAAAUUCCUCUUCUCUACUGUACUUGUUAUGGAUAGCACCACUGGUGAAUAUUCAGAAGAAAACGAAACCCCAACUCGUGGUUUUCCUGUCAUUGUUCAAAACUCUUAUGCGUCAAAUUUGGAAUCAUCAGCAUUGCAAAAAAUGGCGUUUGACAGCGAUUUCGCAGAAGACAUAAAUAUGAAAAUGAGAAUUCCACAAAAAUUAACUGUUGGUGCUUCACAAAAUGAUAGCAACUCAACUACCAAUGGGUACAUUCCAUCACAAAAACAUGGAGCGUAUGAGAUGGAGGUGCCAGAAAGAAUCGUGGUUUCUGUUGGUGAGGAUGGUGCCAGAUAUGGCCGUUCUAAUAUUUCAAUCUCGCGAGAUGAUCUUUAUGGCGAUAAUUUCCCACAAAGGAAUCCAAAUGAUUUAUUAUCUUUAACAACACCACCUCGGAAACUAACUCUGGAAGAAAGAGAUCUAGACACUCUUGAUAUUCAAGAUUCCCAACAAGAUACCAGUGUGACGAAAAGUGAAACAUCACACAAGUCAAAAGAAUCAGUCAGUGAUGUCUUAAUGGGCCCAGUCGUACCAGCAGUUCAUAAUGAAUCAAUGGAAGAACUUGAUGAUGUUUCAGUGUUAAGAAGACAGGUUUUUAAGCUUCAUCAUCGAAUAACUUCCAUAGAGAAGCAGCAAGAAGAAAAGUCUAAACGUGAUUUAUAUGUUUAUGCAGUCACAAUUGCAUUCUGGUUUAUAAAUGGAUGGUUUUUAUAUAGUUCUAGAAGACCUUACUGAUGUUUUUUAUAUUUCUACUUUUGUUAGUUUGUCAUAAACUGCUACCGCAUUCAAGCAAUCAUGUCACAUACUAAUUCAGGAAGUUUUCAGUUUAAAUGUUUAUGUGUCUUAAUGUGUGAAUAAUCCUGAUGUCGUGUUUUACACUUGCUCUAUUAAAUAGUGCACAUUUGUCUAUUUGGAUAAAUCAUUAGAUUACAAGAUUGCAGGGUUUAUUCAGCAAAGAUAAUAUUAUUAGUUUGUCUAAUAUGUGUAUGCAUGCAUGUCCCAUUGAUCUAUAUGCACAUUCCAAGGAUAACACUUUUUCAUCUUUCCUUCUCUCUUUCGAAACUGUGCUUUUGCUUGCAGAUACAUACAAACCAUGAUCUGAGAAAAGAAUAUUAGACAAUUUGUGUAAUUCAUUCUAUUAACAUGUAUUCGACAAUUUAUUACUUUAUUUAUUUCUUCUUCGAAACGCUUUGGGAUAUUUGGAGGGAAGCUGCUUGGUCUAUGAAUAAUACCGAGAUACUUGAAAAUCUGGCAUCUUUGUCAAUUACAUUUAGCUUUUAGACUAGAGAUUAAUAAGCCUCCUUAAAAAUUAAGAAAAAAUGGCAAGUUCUGUGAUCCAGUCUUGGCAGUACCAUGAGGUGGUCUCACGCUUGCAAUUGUCUGUGUAUGGAAUUAAAAUAUUAUGACGCACAAAACAAAGACAUCUUUGCUCUUCGUCAAGUUCCCAACCCAAAGUUACCAUGAGUCGUAGCUAUUCUUUGACUUCAAUUUGUUGAUGAAAGACUGUACUGUACUUCAAACUUAUUCCAUUACUCUUAAAUGCUUCAUAAUUGUAGUGAUUUCAAAUAACAGGUUGUGGCUAAUAUAUUAUUUCAUUUUCUUUCUGCCAUCGAAUACAUGUUUCAAAUAAA